GCCGCCUCCACUCACUUGGACAUAACCCAGUCAUAACCCUCAUAGCAAUCUGCGCAGACUUGCACGGGCGCCUCUUUGUAGCUCUCUGAAUAUUGCAGCAUAGAAAAAGGGAACAGCGCUAGGCUCUAGCAAGCUCAAGAUUAGGACAAGGGUUGAAACGAUGCCGUUGAUCGAUUAUGACCAGGCGCAGACGUUCAAUGCGUCCACAACGUUCCAUUACGCGCGCAACUUCGAGUCGAGGAUCACGCCGAACGCGACGCAGCGGACGACGCUGAUCGUUGCUGGGUGCUAUAUUGUUGCUAUCGCCAUUCUUUGGCAUGUGCCGUUUUUGAACUAUAUAAUUUAUCCAUUCAAGCUGCUUACGGUCGGGUUCCAUGAAAUGAGCCAUGCUUUCGCCGGCGUGUUGACGUGCGCGCACAUACACGCUAUCGAGCUCGAUCCGGACGAAGGAGGCUCGACGCGAAUGUCCGGCGGAAUAUCCUGGAUCACGUUGCCGGCAGGCUACCUCGGCUCCUCGUUCAUUGGCGCGGUGCUGAUAACGUGUGGGUUCGACACAAACGCCAGCAAAAUCGCCAGCCUCGUCUUGGCGGUGUUUUUUCUGUUCACGCUGUGGUGGGCGCGGCGGAACUGGCUGACCUGGGUGCUGAUAUUGGGCAUGUCGGGAUUGAUCGUACUGUUUUGGUUCGUCGGAGAGGGCGUUGCGCUGAGAUUCUUCGUUCUGUUCAUCGGAGUAAUGUCGUGUUUGUAUGUGCUCUGGGAUGUCAUAGACGACACCAUUGCCCGAAAAGUGAAUAGUUCAGAUGCCUCUGCAUUCGCUGAUAUUUGUGGCUGCUGUCCAUCACAAGUUUGGGGAGUCAUCUGGCUCAUCCAGGCGUUCAUUUUCUUUGUGCUCGGCAUUAUCGUUGGCUUGGUCGCGUUCAAGGAGUCAGCAGCGCAGCAAAAGGAGGAUGCUUCGCAUUUCCUUCCCGUCCCGGGAUCCAGCGGUGCUCUAUCGACAUCCCCACUGUCUGGGUUGUCCCUUUCUCUUCUUGUUUGCGCCUCCUCUGCGCUCCUUAUGCUAUUUCGCCUAUAACAUUACUGCCCAGUUUUGAUAUCUGUUGACAUGAUGAGAAUCUUUCUUGAUAUUUGUAUAUCCUUGUUACCUUGUAAGGAUAAUGUAUAUCGCGGACUUUUUGGAUACC